UGGUCUGUCGGGCUAGAGAGAGGAGAGAAGGUGAGAGGGAGCUAGAGGAAUAAAGUGCUCCUCUCUUAUCUGAGCCUCUCUCCCCUCUUUCACCUUCUUCUCUACCCCUUGUUCACCUCUUUUUGCGCCGGUGUCCAUUUGAGUUUUGGAGGCCCUGGAGAGGACAUACAAUGGAACGAAGGGCCUGUGGCAACUGGGCCGUUGUACUGCUGAGAGGGGGAUGGGGUAGAGAGAGGACCGGUUCACACAGCUAACACAGCCUGCCGGCUGACUGCUCCCUCAGCCUUUCCUCCCCGCCUUGACCCACUGUUUUCAGGCUAGGGCUUUUUACUUACAGCCACUCUCAAACUGUACUUGGACUCCACUAAGGAUACGUACCGUGUUCGGUUGGAUUUUAGGAUACAUACUGGCGCCUGGAUAACAUAUCCCUCCUGUGUUUUGGAUGAGAGAAAAAGGAAAACAAAUUUCAUGUAAUUCUUUUCCGGCCUUUUUUGGUUUCUGUUCAUAAAUGGAUUACAAGAUGCAUGCCAAGUCAAAUGAUUUGCUGGAUUUUCAAAAACUGGACGCCCUUCUGGAAAAAAUUGCACAUUCAGUUUCUGUGAAAAGAGAGUCCAGCGAGGAGUGCAAUGGGAUCAGCGGUGCUCUGUCAGUGGAGUCUGUGCCGGGGCCAAGACUGAACUGGUGUCCUGCCAACACCACAACCCCUGCCCCUGCUCCAGCUCCCGCUCCGGGGCCCGAGCCCACGUCCAACCCUGUUAGAAUGGGGGACGGCGUGGAUGCAGCGCAGAUGUCGGGCAGCAGCAGCAGCCAGGGGCAGGCCCAGUCAAUGGGCAACCCCCCACCCCCAGAGUAUAUUAAUCCCAGUAGGCCAAAGCGCCAGACCAAUCAGCUGCAAUACCUGCUCAAGAUGGUGGUAAAAGCCCUCUGGAAGCACCAGUUUGCCUGGCCCUUUCAUUCACCCGUGGAUGCAAUAAAACUUAACUUGCCUGACUACUACACAAUAAUCAAAAAUCCUAUGGAUAUGGGAACAAUCAAGAAAAGGCUUGAGAACAGUUACUACAGGAAUGCCCAAGAAUGUAUUCAAGACUUCAACCAGAUGUUUUCAAACUGCUACAUAUACAACAAGCCUGGAGAUGACAUUGUUUUAAUGGCUGAGGCUCUGGAGAAGGCUUUCCUUCAAAAGAUCACAGAAAUGCCUCAGGAAGAAACAGAGAUUGUUGUCAUGACAGGGAAGGGACGUGGCAGGGGCCGAAGGGAUGCAGGUCUGAACUUAAAACCUGGGGCCAUCAUGGAUGCAUCGUCCACGACUCCUCAAACACGCGGUCUGUCAAAUCUCUCAGCACCACCCCAAAUCAGAGCACCAGUGCAGGGUCCGCCUUCACUACCUCCCCAGCCUUUGAUGCAGGCCAUGCCAACCCUAGUGCCCCCAAUGUUGUCAAGCCAUGCGCCACAGCUUGGCGCUCCCUACUCCCUGGGCCAAUCAGACUGUGCUCCCCAAGUUCCCAUCAUGACUUCUGUGCCUCCCCCUGCUCAGAUUGUCCUUCCCCCAGCAUCCAUCCAGAGCCCUGCCCCCAUGCUGCAGAACUCUAUAACUAUGACCAAACAAAGAAAGAGCCAGAAAAGGAAAGCAGACACUACAACUCCCACAGCGAAUGACCAACUGAGUGAGUCUUCACCAGCAGAGUCUAAAUCUGGGAAGACGCUGCCCAGGCGAGAGAGUACCCGACCUACAAAACUUCUAAAGAAGGAAGCUCCAGACUCCCAGCAUCAAAUAGGCACUGGGAUAGGACUGGGUGCACCUAGUGGAGGUCAUAGCCCAAAACCACAGGAUCAACUGGGAUACUGCGCAAGCUUGGUUAGGGACAUGCUGUCCAAGAAGCAUGCUGCUUAUGCCUGGCCUUUUUACUCACCUGUUGACGUGGAUGCACUGGGACUACAUGAUUAUCAUGAAAUCAUUAAACAUCCAAUGGACCUCAGCUCCAUCAAGGCUAAGUUGGAGAACAGGCAAUACCGGGAACCCCAGGAGUUUGCUGCUGAUGUACGAUUAAUGUUUUCUAACUGCUACAAGUAUAAUCCACCAGACCAUGAGGUGGUAGCUAUGGCACGGAAGCUACAGGAUGUCUUUGAAAUGCGCUUUGCCAAGAUGCCAGAUGAACCUGAGAGCAAGCCUCUCGUUUCUAACCCAGCCCCUAGUCUUCACCAUCCUGCCCCUGUUAAGCCCCAGCCACCUCUCGCCCAUGUCGCCUCGUCUUCAGACAGCUCCAGUGACUCGUCUUCCGAAUCUGAAUCUUCAACAGAUGACUCUGAAGAGGAAAGAGCUCAGAGAUUGGCUGAGCUUCAGGAACAGUUGAAAGCUGUCCACGAGCAGCUGGCUGCCCUGUCCCAACCACAAGCCAGCAAACCAAAGCGAAAAGAGAAGGAAAAAAAGGAUAAGAAAAAAGACAAGUAUAAGAAGAAAGGGGGCAUGCCUGGCCUUAUAGACGAGAUCCAGGAUGUUACACCUGUUCCACAGCUGUCCAAGAAGACAAAGACCAAUAACAAUAACAUCAAAGAAGUUGUACCCAAGAAGAAACCCAGUAAAAAGGAAGGGAUGAAAAUCAACCAUCCCUCCAACCUACAGCCAAUUCCCAGCCUAGAAGACGACCUGGUGGGAGCUGGGUCAUCUGUUUCGGGGGAAAAGUGCAAGCCUAUGACAUACGAGGAGAAGAGGCAGCUUAGCUUGGACAUCAACAAGCUUCCGGGUGACAAGCUUGGCCGUGUAGUGCAUAUCAUCCAGUCCAGAGAGCCUUCACUAAAAAAUUCAAACCCAGAUGAGAUUGAGAUUGACUUUGAGACACUGAAGCCUUCCACUCUACGUGAACUUGAGAGAUAUGUCUCUACCUGUCUUCGCAAGAAGAAAAAAGUUGCAGUUGAGAAGCCUUUGGAGUCCAUGGCUACAUCCAAAAAAGUUGGAUCCUCCUCAGAGAGUAGUGGCUCCAGCACAGAUAGUGAAGCAGAGGGCACAGGAAUGAUAAAGCAGCAGAAGAAGAAGAGUCAGUCUGUGAAGGAUGGGAAGAAGACGCAUUCUCACGUUCAGAGUGGCCCUGCUCAGAUGGGACUUCAUUCCCAAGCUGCAGGACUUCAGUCCAACAGUCAGUUAAAACACCUUCAGCAACAGCAUCAACCAUCUCCUGCAGGCUUUAUUGUACCCCCUGUAGCUGCCCUGGAGUCUUCACAGUUACUGGAGACUAGCUUUGAGUCCCUGCCACCUUUUGGACAGCCUCUCAUGCAUCUAUCCCACCACACAGGCAACUCUUCCUCACCUGCACCACCACAUCUCAACACUCACUCUGCUGGGCCAGUGUCUCCUGAGACCCACCCCUUCCUCAACCAGCAUCCCAUCCUAACAUCUCCAGCCUUGCACAGUACCAUGCCUCAGCAGCCUUCUCGACCUAGUCACAAGGCAGCCCCACUUCAUCCCAAACCCCCUCAGCAGCAACCAACAACUCCCCAACAGCAGCCAACCCUGCAGCAGCCGCAGCCGCAACAACAGCAACAACAGCAACAACAGCAACAACAGCAACAACAGCAACAACAACAACAACAACAACAACAACAACAACAACAACAACAACAGCAGCAGCAGCAGCAGCAGCUUCAGCCCCAGCCCCAGCCUCAACCUCCGCAGCACCAGCUCUCUUCUCAGAUCCUCCACCCUCCUCAACCCCUUCACCAGCGGCCCAUGUCCCCUCCAACACUCACACCCCAGGGCUUGCUGUCUUCCCAACCUCCCCAGAUGCUGCUUGAGGAUGACGAAGAGCCAGGGUCUACAACACCUAUGAACCAAGUACAAUUAUACCUGCAGCAGUUCCAGCAAGCCCGCCAGCCUCAGCAGUCCAUGCAGUCGCUACAGGUGCAGGCUCGUCAGCAACAGCAGCAACAAAUACAACCCCAGCCAGGACAGGCUUCUCUUCUACAAUCUGUUCAGGCACAAUCGCAACUCUCCUCCCAACCCACACUGCCUCUUCCCCAGCUUCCUGUUCAGUCCCAGGCUCAACCAGCCCCAUCACAUCAGGCACCAUCCCAACACAUGCCUCUGCACCAAGCCCGCCACAUGCAGCACGUUCAGCAGCAACCACAGCAGCUUAACUACCAGCAGGGUCCUGGACUAGCUGGUCAGUCCCAGGGAUCACAACACAAGGUAUCCAUGCCCACCAACAAAGCACAGCAGAUCAUCCAACAGCAACCAGAACAGCCCUCCCCUCGCAUGACCAAGGCAGACCCUUACAACACCGGUAACGUAAGGGACAACCCUUCCCCUCUAAUGAUGCAUUCCCCACAACUCCCUCAGUACCCACCUGUCUCUCACCAUUCUCCCCCUCACAACAUGCAGUCCAAAAAGCAGAGGGCCCCUGGAAGUCAAGGUGGAUUAAAAGAGGACAAACGUCCUCUAUCACCAGUGAUGAGAGGGGAGCCAUUUAACCCUGCAAUGAGACCAGAACAUCACAAACAUCCUGAUUGCAAGCCUUCUCAACCAAGCCAUGGCCAACAAAAUGUGAAGUCCAUGGACAGCUCGCGACCUGUCAUCCGGUCCUCUGAGCCCAGUGGCCCACCCUCCUCACUGCAAAACAAGGAUAAGUUCAAGCAAGAAUCCAAGGCCCCCGUUUCCUCCAAAAAAGUACAAGAUGUAAAACUGAAGAAUAUGGGCUCAUGGGCAAGUCUGGCACAAAAGUCCACAUCUACGCCUUUAUCUGCGGUGAAGUCAUCGAGUGACAGCUUUGAGCAGUUCCGUCGUGCUGCCCGGGAGAAAGAGGAGAGGGAGAAAGCCCUUAAGGCCCAAGCCGAGCAGGCGGAAAAAGACAGACUACGGAGAGAGCAGGAUAAACUACGAGGUAGAGAUGAUGAUGACGUCAUAGAGCCAAGCAGAAGGGUGCAUGAGGAGCCACGCAGGCGUCCGGAGCAGCACAUCCAAGCUCCUUCACAACAACAACAGCAGCAGCAGCAGCAGCAGCAGCAGCAGGAGCCCCAGCCGACCCCCAUUCAGCAACCUCCUCAACCUCCCACACCACCUCAGCCCUCUGCUCAGAACCCACUAGAUGAGCAGAGAGAACAAGCACGUCGCAGAGAGCAGGAGAGGAGAAGGCAAGAAGCGAGGGCAGCAACUAUUGACAUGAAUUUCCAAAGUGACUUAAUGGCUAUCUUUGAGGAGAACCUGUUUUGAAGAGAAGAGCUACUGAAACGUAACUGCAAAAAAAAAAAAAAAUCUUGGAUUAUGUAAACUUCCUCUGAAUAGAGAUUUGGUGACCAUGAACCACAGAGAGACACUGACUGUAUGUGGAUGUGACGGGCCGUGAGUACAAAAUGUCACAUCUUGCCCCAGUGGACUGAAGACAAAUGGGGAUCAUCUCAAUGUUUUGGAUGUCAUUUCUUGGGAUUUUGGCAUUGCCUGCCUGAUAUCUCGUGACAGGAGAAAGAGGACCCCUGUUGGCACAGUUGCCUUUCUUACACUUGCUUCUUCUAGUGUUUGUGGGCACAACAAUAUUUUACAAGAGUAAAGACAUCCCAAUAUCUAUAAAAAUGCUCUGAUAAUGUACUGACAGACUGCGCAGAGGUGUUUUAAAACUGCCAGAUGUCUGAGGAUGUGAAGAAGACUGGUCUUUUUAUGUUCUGUUUUGUUUUUAUGGUUGUACAUGAACACAUGACAUGGUCGGGGUGGGGGGUGGUCAGCUUCCAUACUGUAAAUCAUGUAUAUUUCUCAGUAGAGAAGGUACAAUUUGCCUUACACUUGUUUCUAAAACAGACCAUUAUGUUCUGUGGCCUGCACACAUGGAUAAACCAAUAACAUUUACAGCCUGGAGAAGGAGCAGUGCAGAAACUUUUUUUCAUCAAGUAUCUACUGUAAAGAAGUAUUUUCUUAUACUACAAUAACUGUUUAUUUAGGAUCUUUCUCUUUUCCUCUGUAGGUCUUUGAAUCCUCACACCAACACACUCCGCCACCUAUGUCUAUGCCAAACAACCCAUUCUCUUUUAUGCUAAAGUACUUUUCCUAAAACAAGAUAGGUAGCUAAUGACAAAACCAACCCUGAAUAUAUGCAUUAUCAUAGUUUAAUCGAGUAUUUAUCAUAAACAGAAUAAAGUUUUCAUCCUUCUUUGUGUUUUUAAUUUAAAGCUACAACAGGAACUUGUUAGCCGAAGAAGGGAAAGGUCCAGCUGUUUCUGGGCUCUAGUUUCAAUAGGACUUCACUAAAAGUGUUGCACCAUUUAUCGUAUUAAACUUCUGAGACAUAAUGUUUGAAAUGUCCAUAUCAUUGGUGUGUUCAAUACUGGAUUAGUUUUGUUUUGAGUAGGCGGGCUGCCCCUUGGUGUUCCCCCUUUGUGCACUCUGCUUGUUGACAUUUGAUGAAAACCCUCAAGUUAACCAGUGUGUCAAAGGCAGGAUGGGGAUACUAGGGGCAAUAAGAUACAAGACUUAAAACCUUUAUGUUUUUACUUGAAUCAGAUUUUGAAAACGUGACGAACAGAGCUCCAGUUUCCUUUUCCCCAUCAAAUUGUCAUCGAGUCCACUGAGUGCACACUGUCAACAGUAUAAAAUAAAAAGACAAACAAUUUCAAAAGUUAGGAAGCGGAAAAUGUUGAAAAAACACGUUUGAUUUUUAUCUUUGUUCUUGUUCGAUAAUAGUGGAUGUGAGUUCUAAUUCUGUUUUUAGAGACAUUGUUUCGACCGGGGAUGGGUUGAAAUCUGAAUGCAUCUCGUCCUCUUCACUUGUCUCUCUUGGUGUUUUUCUCCAGUGCCUGUAUUGUAUUGCAAUUCUCGUUGGCUUAUAUUACACUUGAAGGGAGUAAAGAAAGGGGUGAGUCAGGACGGUUGGUGUAAUAUUUGAACAGGGAGCGAGAUUUUUGGAAGAGUUUGUGUAAAAAGAAAAAACAAUAAAAAAAAAAAAGGAAAAGAACAGCAUUUUAUAUUCUACCCGUUGACAAUAUUCGGGUUUUAAAUUUAGUUUAGCUGGACUUCUAUGAGUGUAAUCCCCUGACAACUUCUUUCUCUGUUUGUUCAAUCAGCAGGUUUUAGGUAGAUAUGUUUCAGCGUUGCCACACUAGCGUUUAAGUCUGGUCUGUGAGUGUGACUUUGUAAAUUUGGAAGGCUGUGUGACUGCGUGUGUUUGUUUUGUUUCAGUUUUUUUAAGUGUGUGGUUCAGGGAGGCAUGUUCCCCGAUGUAGAUAAGCAUUCUAUUGAUGAAGAGAAUAAACAGAUAAACAGUACUUCAGGAGAACUUGUUUCUGUGCUUAAGUCACCUUUUUAAUUUCUAUGAAGUCCACCAUAUAUAUGAGUAUAGAAUUUUUAAUAUUAGACUGGUUUUGGAAGGGUUAAUAAACAACUUCAUUCCUGUUUAGCCCUUUUUUCCCCCCUUUUCACAAUAACUGUUGGACAUAAUGUGCCAUGAGUUCCACAGAGAAUGUGCUGACCCGCAGCUCAGCCCAGAGUUUGCUUUAUUCAGGUAUUUUAUUUUGUGUUCAAUUUGUUCUGUUUUGGGGGUUUUGUUGAAACAUUUUCCUCGAUCAUUGUUUGGUAUGUGAGUGGUCUAUCGAGGUCUCUGGUUCAGUCUGUUAUGAUCAUUGAAUAAACUCAUCUGUUUUAUAGAAAAUAAAAAAUAAACUAAA